AAGAUGGGAAAAUCGUCAAAUAAAACGUGAAAAUUCCAACACUUGCCUAGCGGCACCCAAGACAAACCCACCUUGCCGAAAAUCGAAACGCACCUGAUGCCGUCAUACGCAAAUUCCGUACUGUGGCCCGAAUUUUCCCUUUUCACCUUUUACCUUCUUUUCAAACGAAGAACCACCCAACACCAUGUACACUCUCGACGACGUCCAAGUCCAAGCUAGAAAACAGCAUGCGAAUUUAGACGCAGAGCUAUCGAAGCAUAAAGUAUUUCGAGACGCAGAAGCUCAGACUAAGAUCGACAAAGUCUAUUUGUUCCUCGGUGGUUUGGCAAUCCUAUUGGUUUUGAUUGUCUUCAAUAUUGCUGGAGAGCUCGUCACCGAUGCUGUUGCAUGGAUCUAUCCAGGUAUUGCUUCUUUCAAAGCAAUUGAAACUCCUUCUACAGCGGAUGACCGCCAAUGGCUUACUUAUUGGUCCAUUUUUGGAGCCGUCAAAAUGUUGGAAUACUUUUUGAAUGCUUUAUUGUAUUGGGUUCCGUAUUGGUUUUUGAUCAAGACAAUUUUCUUUUUGUGGCUCGCUCUUCCUCAAUUCCGGGGCGCCGAAGUACUGUAUGGUCAAUACAAUCGAAAUCUAGCUGGUACCAAAGGCCCUAAAAUUGACACAUUGAAAGCAAAAGUAGCAUCUUUAUCAAAGAGCAAGGAUCCUAACAGUCCUAAAACGCCAAAGAGUAGCAAAAGCCAAUAACAGCCCAAGUAUCAAUAACAACCA